AUGGAUUACGCGCCAAUGCUACCGGAUCUGACGCCUCGCGAUUCCCACAGUCUCUGGUACACCUCUCGCCACACGCACUCCUCCCUACUGCACCAGCUCAACGGCCACGAUGCAUCACCUUCCGAAGACCACAACAAUAACAACAACCACGCGGGCCGCCACGGCCAGCACCCUUCCGGCCAUGGGCGCGACCACCGGCGCGCGUUGGUGGAGCGCACCCCGCUCGCGCGCCUCCGCCUGGACGAGCAGAUCAUGGAGCGGCGCCGGCAGAACGUUACCAACUUCGGCAGUGCGUGGCUGAAGCCGCCGGGCGUGCCCAAGACGCUCUUCCAGAUGCGCGAGGAGCGGCGCGAGGCCGAGGAGCACGCCGAGGCCAUGCGGCGCGAACAGGAGCUCGCCGCGCAGCUGGCCGAGGCAGAGGCCGAGGCGGAGGGCGCCGACGAUCUCGACGACGAACACAUGGAGGAAGGUGGGGGCGAGGAGCCGGACCUGGAUGACGAAAUCCCCGAGGCUGAAGGGUUCGGAUUCGACGGUGGCGAUAGCGACGAGGAAGAGAGCGAGCCGGAGGAAGAGGAUGACGACGACGAGACGGACGGGGACGGGAACGAGACGACAAACAACGCGGGGCCGGUGCUGGUCAGCCCGGCCGAGCGGCGGGACAUGCAGGCCACGGAAGACCGGGUGCGCGAGGUGAUGGCCCAGGGUCAAGAGGGCGGCAGCCUCACGAUCGACGACGACGCCGUCGACGAUGAGGACCGGGCGCAAAUGCUCGAGGAGGACGAUCUGAUACACGACUACCACCAACACGGCGACGGCGGCGAGGACGCGCGUCCGGGAGACCUUAGCAUGGACAUGGACAUGGACGCCGACCUGGACGAUGACAUCCCCGAGGCCGACGGGCGCUAUGAGCACACGGACUCCGAGGCAGAGAUCAGCGACGACGAGACGCGGGAGAUAUCCUUUGUUAGCGGCGGCCGCGCGCCGCAGGCCUCGCGGUUCAGGAGGAGCCUGCCUAGGAGCAGCGUCCGGGGCAGCCAGAGGGGCAGCCUGGCGCAGAGCGAGAUCGACUUCAGCGGCCUCCUGUCGACGAACGAGAGCAGCUAUUUGGCGAGCAGUCCGCAGAUGAGGCGGAGGGGCUAG